AUGAGUUUAUGCCAGUCAAGGGACUCGGAAAUCUGUCAAUUUCUUGACUGGUUGGACGAUGAUGUAGCGCCAGAGGAAGGUGUGAUGUUCCUUGCGAGUCCCGCAGUUAAAAACUAUUGGCUCCAUAGGGCAGCCUUCACCUUAGACCAGGACAAGGUCCUUUGGAAAGAGGUGGGGGAGGGGAGUGUGAAGACUAGACUUUUAGUUGUCCCUGAGGAGUUGAGGAAGGAGGUUCUACGCCUGUGCCAUGACGUCCCAGCAGCAGGCCACCAGGGCAUUGAUAGAACCAAGGCACGCCUGCGUGAUAGAUUCUUCUGGUAUGGCAUGAUGAGGGAGGCAGAACAGUUCGUGAGCACCUGUGGUCCUUGCAGCAGGAAUAAGCAUCCUCAGCGCCAUGCCCGGGCAGAGAUGAUUAAGUACCAUGCUGGCGCCCCUAUGGAGAGAGUCCAUCUUGAUUUUCUGGGGCCCCUACCCCGGACUAAACAGGGUAAUGAAUAUGUACUUGUCAUGGUGGAUCAGUUCACUAAGUGGGUGGAGUGUGUCCCUCUGCCCACUCAGACUGCUGAGGCAACAGCUACUGCUGCGGUCGAUCAGUUCUUUGCUCGCUUUGGCUACAAGGCUCAGAACUGCUGGGAUGAACAUCUCGCCCAGAUAGCAGGUGCCUUGCGCUCUGCAGUCAACCGGAACACAGGCUUUACUGCGAACAAGCUGAUGUUGGGCAGGGAAGUGAAUAUCCCUGCUGAUCUGAUGUAUGCCCCACCUCAGAGGGACCCGGCUGUUGACCUUGAAGGCUACGUAGUGAAUUUGGAGAAGGCCAUCCAGUCAGCUCAUGAGACAGCCCGGAGACGUCUCCGGACCUCAGAGGAGCGAAUGAAGAGGGACUAUGACUUGAAGGUCUGUGCCAGAACUUACCAUGAGGGUGACCUAGUUUAUGUCCUUGACACAGCUACUGUCAAGGGGAAAUCUAGGAAGUUGAGCCCUUCCUGGAAGGGACCAGGUAUUAUCUUGAAAAAGUUGAGCUCCCACCUUUACUGA